AUGAGCGCUCGAGGAGGAACUCCUUACGUUGGCAGCAAAAUAAGUCUAAUAUCGAAGGCACAGAUUCGUUAUGAAGGUAUAUUAUCCUCCGUGGACACAGAUAAGUCCACUGUUGCUUUGGCCAAAGUAAAGUCAUAUGGAACAGAGGACAGGCACACCUACAGUCCAGUUCCCCCUAAAGAGGAAAUGUAUGAGUACAUAAUCUUUCGAGGAAGUGACAUAAAGGACAUCACGGUGUCUGAACCAACAAAACCAUUCCACGGGCUCCCUCGAGACCCUGCUAUUGUCCUGUCCCCUCUUGGAUGCUCCUCUGGAUGUCACCCACGUUGGAGCCCUUACAGAGACAUGAUGCCCACCUACAAUCAGCUGGCUACCAGCUCUCUCCUCACCCAGCAGUACAAUGCAGCAUUGGGGCUAGUUCCAGGAUUUCACGGUAUCCUUGCCAGAAGAGCUCCUACGGUAGAGCAAGCGGUUCAGACGGUGCCAUUGGCCAGCAGUGCUCAGAAAAAGGGGAAAUCCUCAACUCAGCCGCAGCAGGUUAGACAGACCAAUCGUCCUGCUGUUUCCCAAGUUCUAAAAGAGAAUGUCCCCAGCACUCAAACCGCAUCGCAGCCAAGUGGCGGCAAGGCACAAGUCAAAAGUACCGAUAAUAAAAAACGAAGACAAAAACAAGGAAGUCGCUGGUCAAAGAACUGGAGCAGAGGCCAGCUUCCUGUAAAGAACUCCAAGCCUACGACUUUGAAGUUUGAGUCAGAUUUUGAUUUUGAAACAGCAAAUGCUCAGUUUAAAGAUCUCACGGAGGUUUUAGUUCAGAAAGCCCCUAAGAGCCUGUGUACACAAGAGGAGACACUUGGGGACAAGUACUACGACAAGAGUAAGGGCUUCUUUGACAACCUCUCAUCAGACAUGAAGCCCAGGACAAUCACAUGGGAAGAGGCGCAAAAGUUAAACCUGGAGACUUUCGGAGUGCAGGGACGUUUCCUGGGAGGCAGAAGAUUCCGGGGUCGCAGAGGGCAGAGCAAAGCUGAACAGCGACUCCUUCCAAAAAUUGAUGGUGGGAGAGUGUGAAAGUGUUAUUUUUUUUGUUGUUGUUGUGGUUGGUUUUCCCUGUAAAUAUUGUAGUUUUCUACUUAAUUGCCUCCCCCUUUUUCAAUUUGAAGCACUUGAUGUAUAUUUUUGUUUCUUUAUUCCAAAUAUGCAUUUAUGGGUGCACUGUACAUUUUCUAUAAUCUAAAAUGGGAGAGAUUUAUUUUAUUCCAGCACCUGUACAUCAAGUAAAUGUAUUAAUUUGUAGUUCAGCAUGUAACGAAAGAUCUCCUUGAAUAGAGAAUCAAGCAUGCGAUUUAAUUUUGUGCUGUAGGUCUGGAUGUUGUUCUGCACUUGACUGUCC